AUGCCAAACAACACCUCUUCCCCCGUCAAGCGCCCCGGUCUCGCUCGUCGAGCGGUCUCCUCGCAUGCAGUAGUCACGCGGACCAAUACCACCGGCGACCUGUCCGAGUCGCACACCAAUAAGGCCCUUGUACAUCCUGUACACCAUAAGCCACAUCGCGCACAUGUCGUGGGCGGUCACCGAAAUCAUCAUAGAAAUCCCUCGCUCGGGAAGAAUCUGAGCAAACUGAAGCUCUUUCAACUUGCUCCUGAGGCGACCGGUCGAAACCACCAUCGCAAGAAGUCUGCCCCGGCAACUCCUGUGGGUAGCCCCAAGGACAAGGGGCAUGUACGUUGGGACGGGGUGCUGGAAGAUCAUCCGAAGAACUCGAUGAAAAGAAAUAACUCGACUCCCGUUCUAAGACGUGCCAACUCAGGUGGGACCGUGAGUAAGAAGGCCCUCGUAACCGAUCGCCCGCUAUUGAGCGCCGGCAAGAAGAAGUCGGUUGGAUUUGAGUUAGGCGAUGAUCUCAACGACGACGCUGAGUGGGAAGACACCACGCAAUCACCCGAAAGUACGAGGCGCAACUCGGUCGCGCCCUCGAACCCCAGCCUCGAGAACAACAACCAAGUCCUUGUCGAUCCCCUUACUUUUGUGAAGCGACCGUACCCGCAAAUCUCUCGCGCUACCAGUCUCCCAGAAUCGAUCACAAAUAAAUUUGUACGCGACCAGUCCGAUCCAGACGAAGAAGACGAGGACGAAGACGAAGACGUGGAGGAGCAGGAAGCCGAUUCACAGGACCUUGACCAGUCUGCUGACCAGGGCGAUAUCGCGAACCGCUUAUUGAGUCCAACCCACUCUGCGAAAGCUCCGCCAGCUAUGUCCUCGAUCUCUGCGAUGGCCAAGCCGUCGGCCAAGGAUCCCGCGUCGCGCAGUGCCUCCGUGAACCUGGCCCAGGAAAGCACUCGACGGACAUUCUCUACAUCCAACCCUGGGCUGGCCAUGACGCUUGGUAGCCAACCCCACGCUACCUCAUCUUCGAUGGAGGGCGGCGUUUCCAGAUUCAUUGUUAGCAACAAAACUGCCAACCAAGCAUCAUCGCGAACUGAUUCCGACCCGAAUACCCCCUCCUCAUUCCUCCCUCACUACCACCCACAAACACCCCCAUCUCCAAACCGCGGCGCUACAAAAGCAGCAGCGUCUCCAGCUCGACCACUCGGCGUCGACUUGCCUUCACGGACUCAACAGAAGCUAUGGCUCCAACGCACAGCUACCCUAAACGACUCUCCUCCCGAGAACCAUGGAGUGGCCAAAGCUACGUCAUCUACUGCCAUGGAUAUGGCAGUAAGCCAAGUACGCCCUGGCACUGUUACCUUCGAUGUCAGCAGAGGCAUCAACGGCGGGGCUCGCACUGGGGCUAUUGGCCAUGACAAUGAAUCGCGACAAACUCGCAAAGCAUAUGAGAAGGUAGCUUUGGAGCUGACAGCAGUACGACGAUUCCAAUCACCCACGGGUGAUAGCUUCAACCGACUGCGUAACAUCGCUCGUGCAUCCAAGGCAUCAGCCCUCGGAAAACCUAUCAAAUCGGCCCCCUCGUUGCCCCUGCUUCAGACUGGCAAACGCCCCAGUCGGCUUGGAUCUAGUUCGGAAUCGAAGUCGCAGCUACGUGACCCACAAUCCUCCACAUCGGAAGAUCCGGCCACUCAGAGCGAGUCCACCGACGCGAUCCAGGCAACCAAAUCAUCUCACCCCUCCCACCGAAUUCUUUCUACAUCCGACGAGGCUGUGCAUGGCCUGACCGGAGAGCAAGAUACCGAAGUCUACCCACAAGUCAAUCAAACCGAUAUGAUGAUUCGUCGCAUGUGGGAAAGUCGAGAAGUUGCUACGUCUGGAUAA